UAAUGAGCAGUUAAAAAAUAAUUUAAAAAAAAAUCCAUAAGUGUUUUUUUAAGCAUAAAGAAAAAGAAAACAAAAAAUAUUUUUUUUAAAAAUUAAAUAAAACUUCGAAACAAGUUACAAACAUGUCUUCCUCUGAACAUGAAGUUGAUAUAAGUGUGGUCUCUAGUCCCGAACCCAGUCCCAUGGGUUGCGGUCAAGAGGGUCAUGAAACGCCUCUCAGAUCCAACUCACCGGCCCGUUCACAUGGUGCCUCAACGCCCAACUCCAAUCAUACACCCACUACAGCCGCAGGCACACCCACAUCAACCACUUCCAAUUAUCAUCAUCACCACAGUCCCACCACUAUGGCUGCUGCUGUGCCGCCAACAGUUUUACAUCAUCACCUACAGCAUCAUUUGAAUUCUUUAAAUGCUGGCCAUCCGGUAGCUUUGCAUCAUGCUCUGCACAGUUUUGGCCAUUUAACACAUCCUGCUCAUCAACAUUUACUACAUCCAGCUGCUGUAACACCGGCGGCGGCACAUCAUUUUUCCAAUGCUCUCAACAGUGAACGUCUUAGUCCACCGGCUAUGGCUGCCAUGGCUCCUAAAUCCCCAGAAUCCACUACAACCGAAGAAUCACAAACAAAUAAUAACAAUAAUAAUAAUAAUUCAAAGAUGUUGAAUAAUAAUGAAACAAAUACCGCUGGCGGUCAACAACAACAACAAUCAGCAGCUGCUGCAGCAGCGGCGGCUGCUUUAAAUAACAAUAUAAAUAAAGUAACAUCGGGUAAUGGUUUUACUAGUUUUUCCAUUUCCUCUAUUUUAAGUCGUAAUGAACCGAAAAAGAAUGGUUCAAAUUUAAUAACACCCAUACCACAAUUGCCGCCGGCUACGGUAGGCGCUGGAGGACCCCAAGAUGCUGCCAUGUUAUCAAGAUUGGGUUUCAUUUCACAAUGGGGAGCUUUGGCUGGUCGUUAUGCUGCCUUGUGUCCACCCGGUUGGCCCUGGGCUCCACAACGUAUGCCUUUUCAUAGUCCUACUCAUGAUAGCUCUUCUACAAAUACCACUGAGAAUCCCUCAUCUCCACCUUCCCCCCAACACAAUGGCUCUCUGGCUAAUGGUAGCAGCAGCAACAACAACAAUAACAAUGGCACAAAAUCACCCUCUCCCCAUUUAUCCUAUCAACAACAUCAUAAUCACCAUCAUCAUCAUCUCUCACAACCCCAUCAGCCCACAACACCCACUAGUUCGAGCGCAGGUCUUAAUCAUCAUUCCUCACACUCCAACUCUAGCUAUUUACUACCCACCAGUUCAAAUGAAUCUGAUGAUGAGGGUGAAGAAAUCAUUGAAGAAGAUGAUGGCACUGAUGGUCCUUCGGAUGGUUCUUCACCUCAAGGCGAUUCGAAUCAAACGAAACGUAAGAAAAAGACCCGUACAGUAUUCUCUAGAGCUCAAGUUUUCCAAUUGGAAUCCACAUUCGAUAUGAAGCGUUAUUUAAGUUCUUCAGAAAGAGCCGGUUUGGCCGCAUCUUUGCGUUUGACCGAAACACAAGUGAAAAUAUGGUUUCAAAAUCGUCGUAAUAAGUGGAAAAGACAAUUGGCUGCUGAACUGGAGGCUGCUAAUAUGGCAAAUAUGGCCCAUGCUGCCCAACGUUUAGUGAGAGUACCCGUUUUGUAUCAUGAUGGUACAACAUCUGGUUUUGUGCCACCACCACCUCCCCAUCCUCAUGCUAUGCAAUAUUAUGCUGCUGCUGCCGCACGCAAUAACAGCCCACCACGGCCACCAUUGUCUUCACUUGUAUAGGGGGUGGGGUGUUUAACUGCGGCCGCAGUAGCAGCUGCAGCAGCU